CAGUAAAGAAGGAAAGUUUUAAGCUUUGUUGGAAAGAAGGUGAAAGAAACAAAUCCAUCGAUCUAGGGUUUCUGAUAAUAUGGAGAAGAAGAUCAGAGAAGCAUCGCAUGCAGGUUCCUGGUAUACCGAUAAUCCUGAAAAAUUAGAAGAAGAGCUUGAUGGAUGGCUUAGUGGAUCGGGUAUUACUAAAUCUCGCGAUGUUAGAGGAGUGAUUGCUCCUCAUGCAGGCUAUUCUUAUUCGGGGCGUGCAGCUGCAUUUGCGUUUGGCAAUAUUGAUCCAUCGAGCAUUUCUCGUGUGUUCCUUCUUGGUCCAUCGCAUCAUUAUUACACUCCAAAAUGCGCACUUUCGAAAGCCACUACUUACAAGACUCCCAUCGGAGACCUUACUAUUGACAAUGAAGUUAAUGAAGAGUUGAAAGCGACAGGAAAAUUCGAAAUGAUGGAUCUUAGAGUUGAUGAAGCUGAACAUAGUAUGGAAAUGCAUUUGCCUUACCUUGCUAAAGUCUUUCGCGGGUAUUCAGUUAAAAUCGUACCAAUUCUAGUCGGUUCUCUCAAUGCUGAAAAAGAAGCAAUGUAUGGCCAACUGUUAGCCAAGUAUGUUGACGAUCCAACCAACUUCUUUUCCGUGUCCUCCGAUUUUUGUCACUGGGGCUCUAGGUUUAACUAUAUGCAUCACGACAAAAAACAUGGACCUAUCUACAAGUCAAUUGAAUCAUUGGAUAAGAUGGGCAUGGACAUAAUAGAAACAGGAGAUCCAGACUCGUUUAAGCGAUACCUAUCUGAGUUCAACAACACUAUUUGUGGACGCCACCCGAUAAGCGUUUUCCUCCAUAUGGUGAAGUCGUCAACGGUGAAGAUUAAGAUCAAAUUCCUAAGAUACGAGCAGUCGAGUCAAUGUAAAACGACGAGAGAUAGCAGCGUUAGCUACGCCUCCGCUGCUGCAAAGACUAUUGAUUCUUGAUUUUCUUGGUUACUAGUUUUUUUUAACUUAAAACUUUCUUCAACUUCAAUGUAAUAAUAAAAACUACAACUUGUGUUAAACUUAAUUAUUUUCUAUUGAAAUUUUCAAAUAUGAUUGAAGAAAGAAUAUUGACAAAAGAUUUAUAUAGAUCUAAACAAAGAGUUUAUCUGCAAUUCCAUAUGUUCCUUUUCUAUAA